GUGCCCCUGCGUGCUUUUCCAUUUCGUUUCCAUUUCGUUCUUAUUGCCAUUUCGUUUCGUUCGUUCGGAGCCGCAAAAUAACCGUGGACAGCGACAAACAAUAACAACGCUGCAGAUAGAAUAGAUAUAGAGAGGGAGAGAGUGAGUGCGCCGCGCCUAUCGGCAGGCAAUGAUUCCCGUUGUUUACUUUGAUUGAGUGCCACUAUCCGGGAGCGGAGCGGGAGAGUGAUAAACAGCAUUGCAGACCAAAGACCAGAAAGCCAGCCAAAAAAAUAUCAUCAUCCAAAUAUAAUGUGACAAGAUGGACUUCCAGAACCGCAAUAACACGGCCAACAAGUUCGUCUGUCCCAGCGACAGGCAGCUGGCCUUGCGUGCCAAAUUGAGGGCCGGCUGGAGCAGCUCAAAGACCAGUGAACCCUUGCGUCCCGAGGAGCAGGAGGCCAUCAUAUCCGUGAUACGGCGCAAUGAGGAGAUCGAGAUUGCCGAACGGCAGCGGGUCGGCCGUCUGGUGGAGCGAGUUGAGAAGAUCAAGCAGCACGCUGUCGAGCGGGGCCCCAACUGUUGUCGGCUCUGCGGCGACACCUUUGGGCUGUUGCGGCCGCAUCGCAUCAUCUGCGAGGACUGCCGUCAGUCCGUGUGCACCAAGUGCAGCGUGGACAUCAAUAUCCGGUAUCACACCAGCGAGCGGACACGGGAGAUCUGGCUCUGUCGCAUCUGCUCGGAGACGCGCGAGAUGUGGAAGAAGUCGGGGGCCUGGUUCUUCAAAGGCCUGCCGCGGUACGACACGCCGCGCAGUGCCAGCGCCACGCCUACGCCCACACCCACACCAGGAGGGAUGGCAUCCAUGGCAGGAGACACGCGGGCCGUGCACAGCUGCCACGGAACGCCGACGCGGCCGGCGCGGGUCAAGAAGCUGACCAUACGGGUCAACGACAGCAGCUCCAGCAGCGGCCCCUCCGAGCCGGAGGAUGAGCUGGACAGCGGGGGUGGUAGCGGUUUCGGUGGCGGUGCCAGGGGCUCGGCCGUGGGCCGCCUGCAGAGGGAGGACAGCUUCCGGCUGCGGGCAUACGGCUCCAUAAGAAGCUUCAUCGACGGCGGCGAGCGAAAGUUGUCGAACUCCUUCUUCUUCGGUCGACAGCAGAGCCACCGGCCGUCGGAGUGCCCCGACUACGACAGCAUCAGCCUCACGAACGGCUCGGCGGUGGCCCAGCUGCGCCGCGAGAGCAGCUCCCUGCGCCGUGGUUCGGUUAGCUCCUCCUGGUCCAUCAGCGAGAGCUCUGGCUCCGGUAAUUCCGGCACCCAGUCACAGUCCCAGUCGCAAUCACAAUCGCAAUCGCAAUACACCCAAGCCCAGCAACAGCAUUGCCGGGAUCCGCUGCUAGGCUGGCUGGAGAUAGCCAUCAGCUAUCGGGAGAACUUCCACAGCCUGGACUGCACAAUGGUGCGGGCACGCGACCUACCCGCCAUGGACGCCUCUGGCCUGACCGAUCCCUACUGCAAGCUCAACAUAAUCACGCCCGAGGCGCUCACCAAAUACACGCGCUGGCAACGCACCAAGACCGUGCACAAGACCCGCAAUCCAGAGUUCAACGAAACCCUCCAGUUUGUCGGCGUGGAGCCCGAAGAGCUCGGCAACUCCCUGCUGUAUGUGGCCCUCUUCGACGACGACAAGUACGGGCACGAUUUCCUAGGCGCAGCCAAGGUCUGCCUCUCCACGGUGCACAGCACAUCCCAGUACAGGAUCUCGGUGCCGCUGGGCGUGGAGGAUCAGUACAGCAGCGCGGCGGAAAUGGCCCAGGAGUGGCCCAAUGGCAAAAUUCUUAUCUCCCUGUGCUACAAUACCAAGCGGCGGGCUCUGGUCGUCAAUGUGAAGCAGUGCAUCAAUCUGAUGGCCAUGGAUAACAACGGUAGCUCCGAUCCCUUUGUCAAGCUUCAGCUCAAACCGGAUGCGCACAAGAACAAGAAGCACAAGACGAGCGUCAAGUGGCGGACCCUGAACCCGAUCUACAACGAGGAGUUCUACUUUGAGGCCAGUCCCCACGAUCUCAACAAGGAGAUGCUCAUUGUGACCGUGUGGGACAAGGAUCUGGGCAAAAGCAACGACUUCCUGGGCAGCCUCCAGCUGGGGGCCCAGAGCAAGGGCGAACGCCUCCAGCAGUGGCACGACUGCAUCCGAUUGCCUGAUCACUUUCAUGAGAAGUGGCAUUGCCUGGCCCCCGACAAUCCCGCCCACUAGCGGGUGCGACUGCGGCUGCGGCUGCGGCUGCUCCACAACCAAUCAAACACCCAACCGAUCCUUCCCGCUUAGCUCCAAAUAUACACAUAAAUAGUAAUACAGUAAUAUAACAUAUAUAUUAUAUAUACAUACAUACAUAUAUAUAUAUUUUUGAUAUGCCUGCCUGAGUGUGUUAGCCAGACAGAGAGACAGAAAGAGAGAGAGAGAGAGAGAGAGAGACAUAGAGAGGAAGAGAAAGAGAAAGAGGGAGUGCGCUUGUGUAUCUGCUUUCCGAUAUCUCGUAUAUAACCUCAAUUUUUCUAUAUCUGUUCUAUAUACUUUCGGCUCUUAUCGGCAUUUUUGUAUACAUUCAAACUGUAUAUACUAGCUUUUGUUUAAGUGUCCUUAUCAAGGGUUAAUCAACAUCAAAACAAUUUCGAUUUAUUGCUAAAUUCAACCUAUAAUCAAAACUAAUUAUUUAUGUACUUAAAUAUAUAUCGAAAUAAAUAUCGGGAUACAAUUGGAACUCUUGCAUCCAU